AUAUUGCGCACUUAUUAGGCUUGGCAUUGAAUACAUUUGGCGUAUUUUCUGGCAGAGAUUCUUUUAAUGCCUAUUUCGUCUCUCUGUCUUCUCCUCCUGCAAUCCAAAAAUUCAAUUUUUUUGUUUUAGGGUUUUCUCGGUUCUUCAGCCAGAUCUAGGAGGAUCUCUUCUCUCUUUCUUCCUCUCCAGCUUCCCCACUAGCAUCCCACCCGUCCGUCUUCAAUGUCCUCUUCUUCUCUGGCGUCGACGGUGACUUCGACGUCGUAUUGGUGCUACAGCUGCAGCCGCUUUGUUAGGGUUCGACCAGGCGACGGCAUCGUCUGCCCCGAUUGCAACGGCGGGGCUUGCAGCGGCGGCUUCCUCGAGGAGGUCCGCAACGCUCCUGUUCCUUCCGGCAACAUUCGCCGGAGGCCGGCAUCAUCCGGCGACCCGCCGUUUCUCACCGCUCGCCGGGUUGAUGCGGUUCCCCGCCGCGGCCGCCGUGCAUCGGUUGGUAACCGCUCCUCGUUCAACCCUGUCAUUGUCUUUCGUGGCUCCUCUUCUGAGGUUACACGGCCCAGCGGGAGUAGCAGCUUUGAGCUCUAUUACGAUGAUGGUGCCGGCUCAGGGCUCCGCCCCUUGCCUCAAAGCAUGUCGGAUUUCCUCAUGGGGUCCGGAUUCGAUCGGCUCCUUGAACAACUAACGCAGAUGGAGAGCGGCGUUGCGGGCGGAGUGAGGAGCCACGAGAACAAUCCGGCAUCCAAGGCGGCGGUUGAAUCGUUGCCUACAAUUACUAUCACUCCUACCCAUGUUUCAGUGGACUCUUACUGCGCUGUUUGCAAAGAGGCGUUUGAAAUUGGCGCUGAAGCUCAGGAGAUGCCCUGCAAACAUAUCUUUCAUCGAGAUUGCAUUUUGCCAUGGCUGUCGUUGAGAAAUUCGUGCCCUGUUUGCCGGCACGAAUUGCCCACUGAUGCUGGAAGUGGGGGUGGAGAGGCUACCGGGCAGGCUUCGAUUGGCGCGGAAGAUAACUCAGUUGGGCUUACCAUUUGGAGACUUCCUGGUGGUGGGUUUGCAGUGGGGAGGUUUUCUGGUGGACGUCAAGCUGGGGAGAGGGAGCUUCCUAUGGUUUAUACAGAGAUGGAUGGUAGUUUCAGUUCAGGCGGAGCUCCAGGGCGGACGUCAUGGUCUUCAAGAGGGAGCCGUUCAAGGCAAAGCAGAGGGAUUGGCAGAAUAAUUCGAAACUUCUUCUCGAUAUUUGGAUGCGUUGGUUCGUCUUCUUCCUCCUCUGUUUCGUCUUCAAGGUUGAGAUUAUCUUCUGCAUCACAAUCUUCUCAAAGAAGCUGGAGGUAUUCUACUCCUAGUCGUUCACACAGGCUCAAUGGUUGGUCUUAUGAAGAUGGAGGUAGAAAUGAAAUGGUUAGGUGGUGAAGAAGGCAUGCAACCUAAAUAAAAACUGCUUUUUUAUCAGCCAUUUUUGCGCAAUGAAAUUUAAAUUUGAAGCGUGUCGGUCAGUCUAUUGUUCUUAUCAAUUAAUCAAGCAAAGAGAUCCACUCCCCAGUCUUCAAUUCUGCUCUGAUCAAGGAAGAAAUUCGUUAAAUUUUGGUUUGGGGACAGGUAUAGUUUAAUUCGUUUUUGAGACAGAAAGUACAUGAAUUCGUGUGCGAUUAUUGUUUCAUACUUAUCUCCUUUCUUUGAUUUCUUUCUAUGGUUUGUUCAUUUUGAAAAUUUAUUCUUGUACUGUGGCUUUGUUGUUUAUAUGUGAUACCGUUCUUGAACAGAAGCUUUAAAACCAGUUAUGAUUCUCUAUGCUA